GGACAUCACAGCCUUUGCCAAGCAGGUCCUCUUCGAAAGGCCCCUCUUCUCCUCCAACCCAGAGCUGGACAACCUGAUGAUCCAGGCCAUCCAGGUGCUCAGGUUCCACCUGCUGGAGCUGGAGAAGGUCCACGACCUGUGCGACAACUUCUGUCACCGCUACAUCACCUGCCUCAAGGGAAAGAUGCCCAUCGACCUGGUCAUCGAGGAUCGAGAUGGCGGCUGCAGGGAGGAUCUCGAGGACUACUCGGCCUCCUGCCCCAGCCUCCCAGACCAGAAUAAUACAUGGAUUAGAGACCACGAGGACAGCGGGUCUGUACGUUUGGGGACCCCAGGUCCAUCCAGUGUGGGCCUGGCCUCCCACAGUGGGGACAACUCCAGUGACCAAGGAGAUGGACUGGACACAAGCGUGGCCUCUCCAAGCUCUGGGGGAGAGGAUGAGGAGUUGGACCAGGAGCGGCGGCGGAACAAGAAGAGGGGGAUCUUCCCCAAGGUGGCCACCAACAUCAUGAGAGCCUGGCUGUUCCAACACCUCUCGCACCCGUACCCCUCGGAGGAGCAGAAGAAACAGCUGGCGCAGGACACGGGGCUCACCAUCCUGCAAGUCAACAACUGGUUCAUUAACGCCCGGAGACGCAUCGUGCAGCCGAUGAUCGAUCAAUCCAACCGCACAGGAUCAGUGGGGAUGAGUUUGAACUUAGAAGGAGAGUGGCAUUACCUGUAGAGGCUGGAUUCGGAAAUGUGAGUGUCCAAGGCCCAAGGGUUGCACAAUUCGCAAACGUUCAGAAGACAUCCAGACUCCAGCAGUGGGUCUCCCCAGAGCAGGGUCAGCCUGGGCCCCUGAACUGAGAGUUCUCCGAGGCUUGGUGGAAAGAGGAUUCAUCCGUUUCACUCACUCACUCACCCAUCCAAAAAUUUAUCCAUCCGUCAAUCCUUCAUCCACUCCCUCCAUUUAUCUAUCUACCCACCUACUUACUCAUCUAUCCACCUCCACGCUGACCCACCACCCACACGUCCACCCACUUAUCCAUGCCUUCACUCACCUACCCACCUACCUACACAUGCAUCCACCUACCCACCCAUCCACCCACUGGUCCUCCAUCCACCCACCACCCAUCAUCCUUCAAAACAUAUGUCUUCCACCCAUCCACCGACCUCCACACUGAUCCAUUCACCGACCCACACAUCAAUUUACCCACCCACCUACUCACCUGCACAUCUCAUUCAUCCAUGCAUUCACACACCUACUUAGCCUCCCACCCACUCAUACAUACAUCUCCC